CGCUCCGAGCUCCUGACUCCAGCAAGUUCAUUGGCUCAAGAACCGCAGGUAUAAACGCGCCUGCUAGAGAAGAACUCACAUCCGCUUCACAAUGCCUCCGUUUGACGACUGGAACAUCAUCGACGAAGAAGAAGAACAAGAGCUACAGGACGCCGCAUUUUUUGAAGGAAAACGUGAUGUUAUCCUAUUUUGCAUCGACUGCUCAGAGUCCAUGCAUGAACUUCGAGACGACCCUAAUUACGAAGACGUCAAAACAUCUCAUCUCUUUACUGCCCUUGAAGCAGCGAUGCAGAUUCAGAAAAAGAAAGUAAUAGUAGGCCCCAACGAUUCUGUUGGCAUCGUGCUAUUCAACACAACUCGCUCGUCAGAAGCAAAGAAUCAUGCCACAGAAAUCAAGAAGAACUCCUUCGUUUAUCAGCCCAUUUCGGCCAUAAGUGCCCCGGUCAUUCAAGAACUUAUUCAACUGUUGGAUGCUGCUCGAGAAGAUCCGGAGCUGCUCAAAUCCACAUUUCCUCCACUGACAGGAAAUAAAAUGCCCCUGGGUGAUGUAUUUACGAGUUGCAACUGGGUUUUGCGUGACGGAGCACCAAAGACAGCUUCAAAACGCGUCUUUUUGAUCACAGAUGAUGACAAUCCACACCCAGGAAGCAAGCAGCUCCUCACUUCCGCUCGAACAACCCUUCUAGAUUUGACACAGUCAGGGGUUCAGGUCGAACCAUUUUUCAUUGCCACUCAAGAGAAGCCGUUUGAACCGUCCAAAUUCUACUCGUCCGUUUUGCUGCCCAACGUGUUAAACGACGAGGAUGAAGACACUGGCGUUCUUCCUGAAUCCAUAUCCAUCACGCGCAUCGACGAUCUUCUAUCUCAGAUGCGUUUUCAUGAGGUGCAAAAACGCGCCAUGUUCAGCAUUCCUUUCCAAUUAGCGGACGGAUUUGUGAUAAGCAUCAAAGGUUACGGGCUUGUCACAGAACAGAAGAAAGGCGCGUAUAAGUACUUCGUUGACCUUGGCGAUCGCAUGGAAGUAGCUAACAGCCGUACGGUGUAUGUUGACGAGGAUCAACAAGCGGAAGUGGACAAAACCAAGUUGGUCUAUGGGAUGUCUCUUGGUGCUGGUCCGGUUGAAGAAGGUAGCGACGAAGAAGGCGAAGGAACUGAUACCAUUUCUCGAGCUGUUCCGUCGGGAAAACGACCAUUUUACACUGCAGAUGAGAUCAAGUCUUUCCGCACGCUGGACCUUGAACCAGGCAUCAAGCUACUUGGCUUCAAAAAACGCAAAGAACUGGCUUUCGAGGACAAUGUCAAGCACUCUGUAUUUAUCUAUCCCGACGAACUAAAAUACUCAGGAAGCAAGCGCACAUUCACCGCUCUGCUAAAGAAAAUGAUAGAGAAGAAGAAGAUUGGUCUUGUCCUAGCACUCACACGACGCAACGUCGCUCCCAUCUUCUGUGCAAUGGUUCCGCAAGCGGAAAGUGGCGAAGAAGGGGAAUGGAAUGAGCCUGCAGGUUUCCAUUUGAUUCCCUUGCCAUUCGCCGAUGAUAUUAGAGCAGCACCACUGGAGGAAGCAUUCCGAGCGUCGGAUGAGGUCAAGGAUUCCGCACGGGCCUGGAUUGACAAGCUCUGCGUUAAGAACGGAGCAUAUCCGCCUGACUCUUAUCCUAACCCUGCCCUUGCGUAUCACAAUGCCCAGCUACAAGCAAGUGCCUUCCGCGAGGAGUUUGAUCCGGAAGCCUUCGAGGAUCUUACACGUCCCAAAUACGAUAUGAUUCACAAGCGCGCUGGGAACCUUAUGAAGGAGUGGAAGGGGGCUCUUUUGGCCGACGAGUCCGCGAAUGUGGUGGCCGUUACCACAGGAUCCAAAAGAAAGGCUGACGUGUCAGUUGACGAGGCGGAAAUCCGCAGUAAACACGAGGCUGGCACUUUGGGCAAGCUCCGCGUGGAUCAGCUUAAGGAUUUUCUCAAGAGCAAGAGCCAGCCGAUGUCAGGAAAAAAGGCUGAGCUGAUUGAACGCGUUUGUGAUUGGCUGGAUGCUCAUUGAGCGAUUCACAUGCACUCCCACAGAUUGAGGACAGCUUUCUUUCUUAUUUUCGGUCGUGCGUCUGUGGCAUGCUUUCUAGGAACUUAUUCUCGAAUGCCUAUAUUCUUUACUAUGCCACAUAAUAUCCUUGUAUAAUGCAGCUUGAUAUUGCCCUCCAUGAUGAGCCUCCCCGAUGAAUGCCGCGGACCGGGUGGCUCCGGUGACGCAAUUUCAGA